AUGCAGAUGCAGGAGGGAUCUCCACCUGCACUGUCUGCACCUGCACUGUCUGCACCUGCACUGUCCGCACCUGCACUGAGCCUGCACCUGCACUGUCCGCACCUGCACUGUCCGCACCUGCACUGUCUGCACCUGCACUGUCUGCACCUGCACUGUCCGCACCUGCACUAUCCCUGCACCUGCACUGUCCACACCUGCACUGUCUGCAACUACAUUGUCUGCACCUGCACUGUCCACACCUGCACUAUCCCUGCACCUGCACUGUCCACACCUGCACUGUCCGCACCUGCACUGUCCGCAGCUGCACUGUCUGCACCUGCACUAUCCCUGCACCUGCACUGUCCGCACCUGCACUGUCCGCAGCUGCACUGUCUGCACCUGCACUGUCCGCAGCUGCACUGUCCGCACCUGCACUAUCCCUGCACCUGCACUGUCUGCACCUGCACUGUCCGCACCUGCACUGUUCGCACCUGCACUGUCCACACCUGCACUGCCUGCACCUGCACUGCCCGCACCUGCACUGCCCGCACCUGCACUGCCCGCACCUGCACUGCCCGCACCUGCACUGUCUGCACCUGCACUGCCCGCACCUGCACUGCCCGCACCUGCACUGCCCGCACCUGCACUGUCCGCAGCUGCACUGUCCGCACCUGCACUAUCCCUGCACCUGCACUGUCCGCACCUGCACUGUCCGCACCUGCACUGUCCGCACCUGCACUAUCCCUGCACCUGCACUGUCCGCACCUGCACUGUCCGCAGCUGCACUGUCCGCACCUGCACUGCCCGCACCUGCACUGCCCGCACCUGCACUGCCCGCACCUGCACUGUCCGCAGCUGCACUGUCCGCACCUGCACUAUCCCUGCACCUGCACUGUCCGCACCUGCACUGUCCGCACCUGCACUGUCCGCACCUGCACUAUCCCUGCACCUGCACUGUCCGCACCUGCACUGUCCGCAGCUGCACUGUCCGCACCUGCACUAUCCCUGCACCUGCACUGUCCGCAGCUGCACUGUCCGCACCUGCACUAUCCCUGCACCUGCACUGUCUGCACCUGCACUGUCCGCACCUGCACUGUUCGCAGCUGCACUGUCUGCACCUGCACUAUCCCUGCACCUGCACUGUCUGCACCUGCACUGUCCGCACCUGCACUGUUCGCACCUGCACUGUCCACACCUGCACUGCCCGCACCUGCACUGCCCGCACCUGCACUGCCCGCACCUGCACUGCCCGCACCUGCACUGUCCGCACCUGCACUGCCCGCACCUGCACUGUCUGCACCUGCACUGUCCGCACCUGCACUGUUCGCACCUGCACUGCCCGCACCUGCACUGUCUGCACCUGCACUAUCCCUGCACCUGCACUGUCCGCACCUGCACUGUCCGCAGCUGCACUGUCUGCACCUGCACUAUCCCUGCACCUGCACUGUCCGCACCUGCACUGUCCGCAGCUGCACUGUCUGCACCUGCACUAUCCCUGCACCUGCACUGUCUGCACCUGCACUGUCCGCACCUGCACUGUCCGCACCUGCACUGUCCACACCUGCACUAUCCCUGCACCUGCACUGCUAG